AUGGCCGCGGGGCAUCGCCUGCUGGAAAGCGCGGGCGCCCUGAGCCACGGGCUCGGCCUAUACCCCCGGUGUGCGCCGAAGGCGGCCACGGGGCAGCUGGAGACCGUGAGCAUCCGUGAGCGGCAGACCCACGAUCGAAACAAUUGGAGGUCACGGCUUCGGCGGCGAGCGCGCACCUGGGGCUGCACCUGCGAUGGCACCGUUGCGCCCGCCGCGCCGGAUGCACAAACGCCAGAGGCGGCGCCUGGCAUGCCCGUCCCUGCGCAGCCGGAACCGCUACAGCGCCCGCUCACCUUGCUGCUUGUAUCCAGGCGGCAGCGGAGGCAGAAGACGGGCUCUGGAGGAUUGCCGCGGAAACAUGUCCCGGGUGGCUCCGAGACGACGUCCUCGAAGUGGAAUAGUGGAAUGGGUACGCCGACUCGACAGGGAAACUAUGCCAUGUCGCUGCUUUGCCGCUGGCGGGGGCAGAGCACGGCGAAGGUGACCCGCCGCCGAGUGAGGACGCGCGCUCGCGCAGGUCGUCGUUUUGACCGGCAUGGCACGUGCCGCCUCGUUGUUUUCGGACUUGAACUGGGCGGCCGCUUUGGAGCAGAGGAGCUCGGCUUCUUAAGGGCCCACGCAACCACUUUGCUGGAACAGCCCGUGCGCUCCGUCGACCCCAGUGACGGAGCAAGGUGCCCCUCGGCGAGCUGUGGAACCACGAUGCGGACCCCUGGUACAGCGGAUUACGGUGAGCAGGAGGCCGACGACCAGGUGGAAGAUGGUGUGGACGAAUUUGCUAUGGGCUCUAUCGACUGCAAGAAGAUACUGUCCAUCGUGGUAGAUUGCAGCAGUGACGCGACGUGCAACAAGGUCCUUGAGAAAUGUGAGGGCAAGAGCUGGGCGAAGAACGGCUGGAGUGCUUAUUGCAAAAGCAACAACAUAUGCCAUUUUCACCAGGUUUUGCCACCUACGCCUUGCUCGCAAUUUGCAAUGGAAAUCGAUGUUUGCAAAAACCUGAGCAACUCCAGUUUGUGGGGGUUUGGUGCUGGCGCUUGCACUUUCAAUAACCCAGAUCUUCGUCCUGUGCCUGUAGGGCCCAUGCAGAAUUUUGUCGACAAGCAGGUGUCCCCCAUUUUCACAUACCUCGGUGGCAGCAAGAUCACGAAUUGCACACCUGACGGCUUGCUUUGCGUGCAAGGUAACGGCAACGUGAGCUUGAAGAGUCAUGGCGCUUGCCAACGCCAACUUGGCGGAAUGGGUCAAGUCAUAGGAACGACCUUUCAAAGUUACCAAGACGUUUGUGAGGUAGAUACGAGCCUGAAGGAGAAAUGCGGGGCUGGCGGUUGCUUGCGUGGCAUGUGCCUGGGCAAACUGCUACAAGUACCCCAAGCCAACAGCUUGAAGAUGCCCAAAAUCCUGCUAUAUCAUGGGGGAAUUGUCGGUGCAGCAGCAUCAAGCACUUCUUGCUACAAACAAUAUUUGGACGACGUUCUUCGUUUUGUUGUCGAGAAACAGGUUGACACCAUCCUCCUCAAUGUCAUGGCUCCAAUCCCAAAGAGCAAAAGCGGCACGGCCCAGUUUCCUUAUUAUGAAGAUCCAGCCUGGAUCGCAGCCAACUUUCUGGACAGGCUACCAGCAACUGUCAAAGCAGGUGCGUUGUUCGGCAAUGUGAAGCUGGGCUCAUCCGGAUGGAAUUUCCAGAACAGCAGCUACAACAUCUACAAGGACAAGUUGGUCGGAGGUGCGAACCGUGGCUUGGCUCCAGGUUGUAAUGGCCACGACCUUUCCAAGUGCAGCUGUUCACAGUUGAGUGACCUAGUCUCUGCUCCGACCUGUCCGGUUGAUCAGUCGGUUUGCUUGGAAGCCAACAACUGCCCACCUGGCUGCCCCAACCUGGCUGCUCAGCUGGUGACCUGGUUGGCCUCAGUGAAUGCAAAGGCGAAUGGGGUGAAGUUCUCAUCGCUGUCUUUUGAUGGUGAGGAUGGAGGAGCAUCUGCCAGUGAUUGGGCUCUUUGCCAAUUCAAACUGCUGGGUGAUGAGCUUGGCAUUGAUAGCGUGGGCAUGGCCAAGGCCAUUUCCGCUGGUCCGCAGACGCCAGGUGUCACCUACACCAUGCCUGAGACCUACUGGUACAUGGGCGAGUUGUGGCCGUGCACUGGCGACCCGUCGAUGCUGAAGGAGAAGCCGCCGGUUUGCACUACACAAUCGAGCUACCGCUCUUUUGCAGACAUGGCAUGGCCUUUCCUGAAUUGGUUGCGGACCACCGACAAGGUCAUGCAAGAAAAGCCUGGCUUUGUUUCAUUGAUGAAUAACAUUCGCUGGGCGAAGACAGUAUCCGGAAAGGCCGUGAUUCCCAUGUUCAGCUUCGAAGGUCUGUCCUCCAACAAUUGCUUUGCGACGCACUACAAUGCAGGUGUGAAGAAUGUGAGCGACAUCUGUGGUACCUUUGAUGGUUUCUUCUUUUGGCAAUGGGAGACCUUCACAGAGUUCCUGAUGUAUUUCGCUGAUGCGUUUGGAGUGGGUGAAGUUGGCAUCUAUGAUUUGCAGUUCAUCCCUCCCCACUGGUUUGACAACAAGGCGUUUGGCCCAAAUGAUGCCUGCACAGCCUGA